AUGUCCAUGGAUUGCUUCAUCCUCGCGUUCACGCGGACCCUGAUGUACACCACCAGCAUCUACAGGACGGCCGUGAUGGUCAGCAUUUUCAUCGACCAGGUGCGGAGGCCCAACAGCAUGGGCUCCAUCGUCGCGUUCUCGUUCUUAAUCAUUAUCUGGAUCACCUUCAUCGCCGGUGUGUGCAUGCUCUUGUGCUGCUUCACCUUCUCGCUGCCGGCGGUGCGUCGGUGCCUGGCCUCCGUCCCCGGGGCACUCCGUGGCGCGUGCCGGCUUCUCUGCCUUCCGUGCUGGUGCGCGCGCGCCGGGCUACGGCGCGGAAGCGGCGGCGGCGGCAGCGCUCUGCCGCAGUUUCUGGACCAGACACCGAGUCGCAUGCCCGUGCUGGCUCGGGAGCCACCGGUGCAUGGCGGCGCGCGGGUGGCGCCGGCGUAUGACAUCCUGGCGUACGAGCAGCCGGAGGGCAGCGGCGGGUCGGAGUGCGCGGUCUGCCUCGUGGAGGUGGAGAAGGGGGACGCGGUGAAGCGGCUGUCGGUGUGCCUGCACAUGUUCCACCAGCAGUGCGUCGACCCGUGGCUCCAGCAGCACUCGACGUGCCCGGUCUGCCGGUGCAACCUCUUGGCGCCAUUGCCGGCCCAAAUGGUAUGA